AUGGGCGCCAACCAAUCCAAAGGGCAGAAACUCGGAGGGGGUGGAGGAAAGCAUCGCAAGUCUAGCUCCCAGCCGUCCAAUUCCAUUCAGACGAGUCCACCCGCAGCAGCAGUUGCUCCGGCGCCCUCUAACAAACCCAAAGACAAGAAGAAAUCCGCAGGAACGACCUUGGGCGGAGACUCACAGCCUAAACCCAGCGAUGCGAGGUCGGCAGCGGCAGAGGCAGCGGAGCGAAGGCUUAAAGCAUCCCAGCAACGAGGUACCAACGCCUCCAAUCCCAAUCAGGGUCGCUUAGCCUCUCAGGUCGCGAAGCAAACCACUAAGCCGUCCAUUCCUCAACGGGAAGAAGAACGUCUCGUGUGGGACUGAUUCUGGAAGAUAUAUCUCAUUUCAUUGGGCUGCCCACUUUCGAGGCCUCUCUGGCGCCCACGAUAUACUGGUUGCAAUCCUUGAAGCGUAGGAACCCUUGCAGGCUGCUUCGUGCUUUGCAGCUCCUUGCACCUUUGACACUCACAACUCUUCCCGUGAUAUCUAUACAGCCAUAAAGUGUACUUACAUAUGUAGAUUCCGGAUGCCCAUAUCCAUCUUGACCUGCUUUC